AUGGCGUCGAUGAAAAGAGAACGGCUGGAGGGGAGUGGAAGUGCGAAGAUGCCUAAGGUCUCAAAAGUCCAGCCGACCUGUGCGAGGAAGAGAACCGGUGUUGUACGGUCACUUUCGAGGGCACGGGAUCAUGGCCGUUCAAUCAACCCCGACCAAUGUCACCACGGAUGCCGCCGCAGGAAGCCUGAAAUUUCCGUCCUGGAGAGAGUGUAUCCGGAAAGCGUAUAUCCAUUCACCCGGCUUCCAGCCUAUCCAUCCCCGGUCGAGAUCCGCUUCUGGCGCAAGAACACAAUACUCCUGGUCUCAGAGGACCAGGAAAACGCUGCUCCACAGCCAUGCACAGCGGUGGUUCAAUUCGCGCAGUUGCCGGUCCUACAGAACGCCGCCCAUCAGCACCUCUCAGAAGACUCGGCGACAUUUGAUCAGCGCUCGAGGGAUCCCAGGAUCCCCUUUACAGCGAGUAUAUGUCCUGACUGA